CAUGGUGCAUACGCGGGAUCUCAGGGUUAACAUGGCGCUCUCGGGUCCUGGCGACGUGUUAUGUCUGGGUGUGUCGCCUAUAUAUGUGUAUAUGUCUUGCAUACUAUAGAAGGGGUCAGGGAUUCGGGACAGAGACACGAGUUUACGCGAAACGCGAAACGCUCCCUAAUCUAAGAUAUACAUACAUAACUAUUUAUAUCCAUAUAAAGACGUACUCAAGUAUUACCUAUAUUUAUGUGUUUCUGACCUGUUCGCGUUGGUCUGGUACACUGAGAGACCGCACGGCCGCCCUAUAUACCACCACCCGUGUUUUUCUCGCCAAGCAGCUGAGAGACGGACUGGAUCGGAAGCGCGUAGCUCUAUUUGUGUUUUUCUCUCUUUUUUCCCUUCUUUUUUCCCUUCUUUUUUUCCCCCGUCCUUCUCUCUUCUUUUCUUUUUGUCCCACAUUCUUGAGAGUGAUCAAAUCGGCUCCUCCCAACCCCCUCCCUUCUCGUUACCCUUCUCGUUCCCCUUUCCCCCUUAGCCUCCCGACACCCAACGCCAAGUUCACUAUGAGGGGUCUUUUUCGCAUAGUUGCAACGAGUCCAGUGUUUCCGAUGCGACGGUUCGAGCAUCCCCAACCGACAGCACGUACUACAUGGCGGGGGCAAUGAAGGCCUGGCGACGCCAAUCCCGGAAUGGGUAGGAUUCGCCGGUCCAGUCUGCCCUACCACUCGACGUGGAGGUGGCCCCCAGUUGGGAAUCGGUGGCUGUUGGCCAUUGGUGGUCUGCGCGAAAGGCGGGCGGGCAUGCCUGUCCCAUUGGUAAAUUCUGGCCGAUCUCGUCCCAGAUGCUCGUUCCCUUGGCCUUUCAGAUUCGCUCUUUCACGUACCAGUUGUAUCCAGGGACGAGAUAGCGGCGCGGGAUCCUGCUACCCGGCAUAGAAAGGCGGUAUGUGAUGCAUAAACAUGCUCCUCACGCCAUGUUCCUCUCAAGACAGAUUCGUGCUAGGGCAUAGCCUGGCGGCCUGGCUUAUUCAAAGAAUAAGAUGCGGAAGCUGGGAAGCAUAGCCCGCUGAGGGGGCGGCCUGCCACCGACCUCGCGAAUGAUUGCUUGAAUCAUCGCAACGACCAGGCCCCCGGCCACGAUGGAGGGUUGU